AUGAUAACGAUUUUAAGAAAUUUGUGGGUCUCCAGAGAAGCUCGCAAAAAUGAACUGGCCGAAAAACUGGAAGAAGAACAAAAUAAACUUGAUUUGGAAAUUGAUAAGGAAAAUAUCAACCACAAUGCAGAACCAAUAUCCUGUAUGAAACAUAUUAUACAAACAACAAAAACAUCAUCUGUGGAACCAAACGGAAGCACCGAAUGUUUUAAACGUACCGGCAUUAUAACUGCUUUGAAAAGUAAUCAUGGCUCCAUUGAUCAUGCCAUAUUCUUUGAUAUGAAUGUGGCCUUAUCAGUGGCCAAUGAAUUGAAAACUGGUUGUCGCGUUGAGUAUUUGGCUUAUAAACACCAGGAAACCGAUCAUAUAAAAGUGAUUAAGAUUGACCAAGUUAUAGACCAAUAUUGGGAUGAAGAAGCAAUCUCAGAAGAAAAGAUUGAAGCCAAAAUAAAAGAAUUAAAGACCGAGCGACCGACAUUUUUUAAUACACAUCAGCGUAAUAUAUUGGGCUUAAUAUCAGAACGUAAACCUGAUUCUAUAAUAGUCGAUACAGACUAUAAAACUAUGAACAUUCAUUUGGACUCGGUCGAAAUUGAUUUUAUACCUAAGGAGGGUGAUCGUGUGUAUAUCUGUUGUAAUGUUCAAAGUGAUGAACAUUUUGUUGAUCGUAAUGGCGAAAUAUUGGAAGAGGUUAGUGUACAUCCUGCACGCCUAAUGAAAAGUGAGAAAUGCACCGUUAAGCGUUUGUACAAUGAUUGGGGAGUCCUUAACCAAGAUGCCUAUUUUACGUUUGAUGUUUUGCCAGCAGCAUGCAAGUUGAAUUUAGGUGACAUUGUUAGUGCCGAUCUUAUUGAGUGUGAAAGGGGCGAAUAUGUUUGGCGCUGCAUUAAACUAACAGUUUUGGAACAAAUUUACGAAUCUCAAAUCAAUGGCAACACUACACUUCGUUUAGAGCAACGCACGGAGAAUCGUGCCAUAACAGUAAGUCCUGAUAUAAAUUGUGUUUUCAAUAGUUUAAAUCAGGAGGAGAUAAUAGAAUGUACUUGUACCAACAAUUGUGAUCGGACUUUUCGCGGAAACAUAGAGUUUUUCGGUCGUAAGGGUAAGACACAAGUGCAUUUAAUAGAACCUCAGCCGGGCAUUCCCUUCAUUCUGGAACCCAAUGCAAAACGCUCAAUAAAAUUUAAAGUCGAGUCAAAAUAUCUUGGUCAAAGUAAUGAACAAUUUGUUAUACAAUUUGAAAGUUUUCGCAUUAAGCGCAGUAUAUCAAUAAUUGUAUGUGAAACGGAGGCAGAAGCUGAGGCUAUCAAACAAAAUUUGGCUAUUGAAGUGGAUGUAGAACGUAAUGAAAAUACCCCCGUUGUAGGUAGCCGUAAUCAAACAUAUCGUUCGCGACAUUAUGCGAAUCAGAUUUGGUCUAAUCGUGGUGAAGUAGUACCAGGUGUUGGUAUUGCUCCUAAACGCCGUUUUGUUGCUCAACGCAUAGGUUACUUUGAAGUACCGGAACGUUUGCGCAAAAUGUAUUUAACCUGUGAAAAUAAACAUGAAAUGUUGGAUCAUAUUGAACAAAUGUUUCCAAGUAUUCAACAGGAACUUUGUUUAACUAACUAUACAUCUCGUUUUCAAACUUUAAUCUACUUGGAGGAAAUCGAAUGUUUUGUUAAUUUUCGCAAUUAUGACCGUGAACGUGCUCAUUUUACUAGAGAUGGUGAAUAUCUAUCGCUUGCUAUUGAAAAUUUAAGUGAACGACGUCCUUCAUUGGUUUUGGGUGAUGUUGUACGCGCUAUAAAUCCCUGGAGUGAUAGAGAUUCGGAUAAACGUAGUUAUGACGGUGUUAUACACAAGGUUCUAUUCAAUAGAGUUUUACUAAAAUUCAAUGCAGGAUUUCAGCAAAAGUAUAAUGGCGAAGAUUAUCGUUUAGAAUUUUAUUUUUCACGUUUCGGUUUUCGCAAACAACAUUUUGCUGUUGAACGCGUGGUCAGGCAUUUGGGAGAAAAGUUUCUAUUUCCCUCUAAUGUUAGUUUGCGCGAACAGCCACAACUUGAUGUACAGUUGGACGAGGAUAAUAAUAUUAUUUCUCAGGGUACGACUUACAAAUGGUAUAAUGAGUCUUUAAAUCCCAUACAAAAAAUGGCGGUAUUUAAAAUCCUUCGUGGCGAAGUUAAAAAUAUGCCUUAUGUUAUAUUUGGACCACCAGGCACGGGUAAAACUAUUACUCUAGUAGAGACCAUACUGCAGUUGAUUAAACACUUGCCGAGUGCAAGACUUUUGGUGGGAACACCUUCUAACAGUUCAGCCGAUUUAAUAACAUCUCGUUUAAUAGAAAGUGGUGAUCUUUGCCCGGGAGAUUUUAUACGUCUGGUGUCACAAAACCAAAUUGAAAAGGAACUAGUGCCAGAGCAUCUUAUGCCAUAUUGUGCCACUAUUGAUAUAGCAGCAGAUGGUACUUGUAAUGAUUCCAUGAUAGUCACUGAAUCGGGACUUAAACUAAAGUGUCAAAUGAAAUUUUUGGGACGUCAUCGUGUCACCAUUAGCACCUGUUCAACUUUGGGAAAUUUUCUGCAAAUGGAUUUUCCUAGAGGCCAUUUUACACAUGUUUUAAUCGACGAAUCCGGUCAGUGCUCGGAACCUGAAAUAAUGGUAGCUAUUACACAGGUAUCGAAAUAUCGUGGCCAAGUUAUUCUGGCCGGCGAUCCCUUGCAAUUGCAGGCAAUUGUAACAAAUCGUUAUGCUGGCGAAAAAGGUCUGUCCACCUCUUUUCUGGAACGUUUACUUGCCCGUUCGCCUUAUUUAAAGGAUCUUAUACGUUAUCCUAAAACUUGUGGUUUUGAUCCACGUUUGGUUACCAAACUUCUAUACAGUUAUCGUGCACUGCCUUCCAUACUUCAUAUAUACAACAAACUCUUCUAUGAUUCUGAAUUAAUACCAAAUAUAAGCGAAAAUAAUUCUCGUGAAGCUGAAAUGAUCAAUAAAAUAUGUGAUUUAUUGCCUGAAUCGGAAAUUCGUUCGAAAGCACACGGUGUCUUCUUCUAUGGCAUGUUAAGUGAAAAUAUGCAAGAAAAAGAUUCACCGUCAUGGUACAAUCCCCAUGAAGCUAAAAAUGUUUUCCUCAUGACUUUACAACUUUAUCGAAAAAAUAUAAAACCCGAAAGCAUUGGUAUUAUAACACCCUACACGAAACAAGUAAAACAUUUGCGUAACCUUUUCAUUACAGCUGAUAUUGCUAUGCCGAAAAUUGGUUCGGUAGAGGAGUUUCAGGGACAGGAACGUGAUAUAAUAUUAAUUUCCACUGUACGAUCUACACAGAAAUACGUACCAAAUGAUAUACGACAUUCUUUAGGAUUUGUUCAUUGUGCAAAACGUAUUAAUGUGGCAAUAUCUCGUGCUCGUUAUCUUUUAUACAUCUUUGGUAAUCCAUAUUUAUUAGUUUUAGAUCCGUGCUGGCGCACAUUUAUAAAAUAUUGUGUGGACAAUGAUGCGUACUUAGGCUGUGAUUUACCUGUCGAAAUGUACGAAUCGAAAAACUCCACAAACAUGCAGGAUAACGCAAUUGGCGAAAUUUGCAUUCCAAAUCAAAAUAACAAUUUAAUAAUUUGAUAAAAGUAUAUUUUAUUUCUAAAAAACAAAUGGCUUU